UUGCAUUUUGGAAAUCUGGACAAACGACUCAGCGAUGCGUCUCACGUUGGUUCUGCUUCUGGGCCUCCUCGGCUGCCUGCUCCUCUCCCAGCGGGUAGGCUGCGAGGGAACGGACACCUCCACCGAAUCGUCGACGGACAGCACCACGGUCGGGGCGACGGAGAGUGUGGCGAGUAGCACUGCUGGUCCCGCCACUGGCGCCUCCACUGGUUCGACGACUGCCAGCCCCUCCAGCGCAUCGGAGACCACAGAGGCGUCGGCGACCACAGAGGCGUCGGACUCGAGCUCGGCCACAACCUCCGCCUCCGCCUCCGCCAGCGCGGCUGCCAGGCGGCGCAGGAUCCAGGCACGUCGGCGACGAGCGCGCUUGGCCCGCCAGCGCCGCAGGAGGCAGGCCCAGAGGCGCCGCCAGCAGCAGCGAAGGAGGCAGCAGCGCCGCAACCGUCGGGGAUAGGCGAGGACAUUUUUCAGACCAAAGAACUUUCGGAAUUCACUGAGAUCCUAUCGGGACGUAGAACGCAAAUAAAGAACAUUUCAAAAAUGUA